AUGCCCAGAGCUCUUACAUUCAAUGUUUACAGAAUACCGUUGAACGACGACGCACAGGAGAAGGCCGCACGGUUGCAUUCGCGCCAGGCUCUCCACGAGAAACAGAUCAAUCAGCUGAAGGCCGCGGCUUCUACGCCCCUGCGCAAAACCAGCGUCAACCUGAACGACCUCGAGAAUGCAUCCCCGGGCUCAAACCCGCGCACGCCGCGGGCGCGGCCAAGCGGGAAAGAGAACCUGGCUGAUGACGACGAUGUGGUCAUUGGAGGCAGCGCGGUCACUCCCAUGAAGCGUGUCCCUAUCUUGGCAAACUUCGAGGAGUGGAUGAAGAUGGCUACGGACAACAAGAUCAACGCUGCGAAUUCCUGGAACUUUGCGCUCAUUGAUUAUUUCCAUGACAUGUCACUGCUGAAAGAGGGAAAUGGCGUCAACUUCCAGAAGGCCAGCUGCACGCUCGAUGGUUGCGUCAAGAUCUACACAAGCAGAGUUGACAGUGUUGCUACCGAGACCGGAAAGCUGCUUAGCGGCUUGGCUGAUAGCCGGGAUAGCAAGAAGAAGGACAGAGAUGGAGAGGAAGGCGAGGGUGAAGACAGUGAGGAAGAAGUCGACGAGGAUGGUGUGACGCAACGUUCAUCAGAAGCCACUUUGGCACCUUCAUUCGCCUCGUUACAGCUCAAGAAAUUCGAGCUGGAGUUUGCCGUCGAUCCUCUGUUCAAGAAGGCUUCUGCAGACUUUGACGAGGGGGGAGCUAAGGGUCUUCUGCUCAACCAUUUGAUGAUCGAUUCUCAAGGCCGCAUAGUGUUUGAUAGCAGUGACGACUCUGGAGACGCUGCUGCAAAACACAAAAAGGCCGAGGAAGACGACGACGCCGAAGAGGGCGAGGAUGAGGAGGACGCAGAGGCAUCUCUACUCUCGCAAAAGGAAGAGGUCGAAGACGAGGAGGAUGUAGAGAUCGAUAUUGGUGCGCUCGGAGCUCGCUUCUUCCCGGAGCUCAACCGUCUCGACGAACUCGAUGUCUGCCCGUCUUUGAAGACAUUCGAUCUUGGAGAUCCCUCUGGCUCUAUGGACAUCCCAUUCUUGCGUGCUCCUGAGGACUGGAAAGACCAGGACAAGGACAAGUCUGAGGACGGACCUGGAAACAAGUCUGGUCUGUACAUUGACGAUGACAAUCCGCUCGGAUUUGACGACGACGAAGGCCUUGGCACCUUUGAUCUGGGUGGCGACGUCGCCUUCGGUGAGGGUGGUGAAGCUUGGGCGCGAGAGGCUGCUCUUGAGCCGCAGAUGCGCGUCUUUGAUGCUGGUGAAGGGGGCGUUGGUGGAGAAGAUGGCGUCGACCCCUUAGAUGAGAAUGGCGAGUUCGUCGUAUCGAUGUCUCAUGCUCAGAAGUCCGACAAGAUGCAUGAAGAUAUCUUGAGCUAUUUCGACCAGGCGCUCCAGAAAAACUGGACCAGUGCCGAGCACUGGCGUAUACGGAAAAUCAAGGAUAUCAACAAACCGGCUUUGCCAACUCGUACACGCAAGGAAAAGGAGCCGUUCGAGAUUGACUUCAUGUCACCACUUGAUCCAUCUCUGGCUGAGGUCAUAUAUACUCAGGCGUCCAGCAACUCAGUGAUUUCUUUACCCAAGAAAGAUUGGAAGUCCAAGACCCGGAACCUCCUCCCCGACGACAAGCACUUCAACUCCAAGCAGCUACUCACCCUCUUUUUGAAGCCAAAGGCACGUAUGGGUAGACGGCGUGGAGGCUUUGGAAGCCGAGGCGGCAUCUUCGGCAAUGCUGACCAGCGGAACGAUGUUCCUGAAGGCGAGAUGGAUGAGGCGUUCUGGGCAUCACAGAAAGCACCAAUGCAAAGCACGGAGGGCAAUGGCGAGGAGACUGCCCUGCCUCAGGGCGACUACGAUGCCAACUUCUUCCAGGAUGACGGCCUGCCAUUUGCUGGCGGUCUGGAUGAUGAUGACGAUAUUGACGAGUUCGCAGAUGCGCGUGAGCAUUUCUCCCCAGGCGCAGAUGGUGGCCAGGGAAUGGAGACAAUUGGCAUGACCGGCGCAUUCAACGGUCUUACGGUUACGAACCCUGCAGAUCUCGCAUUUGGUACAAUGCUAGUUACACAAAGCAGGAGAGUACGACCCGAGUACGUGCAAUACGCACGUGUGGCCAAGAGAGUCGAUGUGAGGAGACUCAAGGAGGAGCUCUGGAAAUGCAUAGGCUUUGAGGGCCUCCAAAAGGACCCUGAUAGCUCAAGGCUGCCAACACCUCCGGCAGAUGCGACUGAAACUGUCAAGUCGGCGGUAGAUGAGCCUACCCUGAAAUUCACCAACGUCAUGAACAACCUGCAGACGGUCUACCCCCGGUCGAUGAUGGACGACAUCUCAACUAGCUUCUGCUUCAUUAGCUUACUACAUCUAGCCAACGAGCAGGGUCUUAUUAUCGAGAAGACGCCGGAUCUUACCGAGCUGAACAUCCGCAAGGACUGGACGGCAGAGGUUACAGCGGAAUAG